AUGUUGCUGAUGUUUCCUCGGUGGAAUGGGCUCAGCGAGGGAUGGCUGUCGGUUUCUCUGGUGUGUGUGUGUGUGUGUGUGUGUGUGUUUUUCUCGUUGCAAUGCAAAUGCAAACGUGUUGCGGUGCGUGUUUUUGAUUUCCGGGGUGUGUGGUGGGUGGGGGGGGUUUGGUGUUUGCUUUCAGGCGCAAACUACGGCAGCAGUCGGCCAGCACUUGACCAUGGACACUCCAACGCCAACACGGACGGUUUGGCACCGGAGCACAUCCCCGGACCGGGGGCUGCCCUGUCCUGGCAGGCAGCCAUCGACGCGGCCAGACAAGCCAAGGCUGCCGCGAUGCUGGGGGGCAACACGGUCUCCACCGCCAACUCCACCCAAAGGAAGAGGCAACCGUACAGCAAACAGAAGAAACAAGCCAACGCCGCCACCACACGACCGCCGCGGGCUCUCUUCUGCCUGACUCUCAAAAACCCCAUCAGGAGAGCGUGCAUUAACAUAGUCGAGUGGAAGCCAUUCGAAAUAAUCAUUCUCCUCACCAUUUUCGCCAAUUGCGUGGCCUUAGCUGUCUACAUACCUUUUCCAGAAGAUGACUCGAAUGCAACCAAUUCCAAUCUGGAACGAGUGGAAUAUCUCUUUCUGAUCGUUUUUACCGUGGAAGCAUUUUUGAAAGUAAUAGCUUAUGGACUUAUCCUUCACUCUAAUGCUUACCUCAGGAAUGGCUGGAAUUUGCUAGAUUUCAUCAUAGUGGUUGUAGGGCUUUUUAGUGCUAUUUUAGAACAAGCAACCAAAGCAGAGGGGACUAACCCAAUUGGAGGGAAAGCUGCUGGUUUUGAUGUGAAAGCUCUGAGAGCAUUUAGAGUCCUGAGACCAUUACGUCUGGUAUCUGGAGUUCCCAGCCUCCAAGUUGUGUUAAAUUCAAUCAUCAAGGCCAUGGUACCAUUGCUGCACAUUGCUUUAUUGGUACUUUUUGUAAUUAUCAUCUACGCUAUUAUAGGAUUAGAACUCUUCAUGGGCAAAAUGCACAAAACCUGCUACGUAAAUGGAACAGACACAAUUGGUGAAGAAGAGUCUGCUCCAUGCAACGGAAACGUGGGACAUGGCCGCCAGUGUCCAAAUGAAACACUCUGUAAGAAUGGAUGGGUUGGCCCCAAUGAUGGAAUCACUAACUUCGACAACUUUGCCUUUGCUAUGCUAACUGUAUUUCAGUGCAUCACCAUGGAGGGAUGGACAGAUGUAUUAUAUUGGAUGCAGGAUGCCAUGGGCUUUGAGUUACCCUGGGUCUAUUUUGUGAGUCUGGUCAUCUUUGGAUCCUUUUUCGUUCUAAAUCUGGUUCUUGGUGUAUUAAGCGGAGAGUUUUCCAAAGAGAGAGAGAAGGCCAAGGCUCGUGGUGAUUUUCAGAAACUAAGAGAGAAACAACAAUUAGAGGAGGAUCUAAAGGGAUACUUGGACUGGAUUACUCAAGCUGAAGACAUAGAUCCAGAAAAUGAAGAUGAGGGAAUGGAAGAAGAGAAACCCAGAAACAUGAGCAUGCCCACUAGCGAAACUGAGUCUGUGAACACUGAGAAUGUGGGUGCUGCAGAAAUAGAAGACUUGACCUGCUGUGCAAGUCUUGGGCACCGGAUAUCCAAGUCCAAAUUCAGUCGAUAUUGGCGCAGAUGGAACCGAUUUUGUAGGAGAAAGUGUCGCGCUGCUGUGAAAUCCAAUGUGUUCUAUUGGCUUGUGAUAUUUCUGGUUUUCCUCAACACCCUUACAAUUUCAUCUGAACACUAUAGCCAGCCUAACUGGCUGACUGAAGUUCAAGAUACUGCAAACAAAGUCCUCCUGGCACUUUUUACUGGUGAAAUGCUGCUUAAGAUGUACAGUCUUGGCCUGCAAGCCUACUUUGUAUCUCUUUUCAACCGCUUUGACUGUUUCAUUGUCUGUGGAGGAAUCCUUGAAACUAUUUUAGUGGAGACUAAGAUCAUGUCCCCCCUAGGCAUUUCGGUGCUUCGUUGUGUGCGGCUUCUAAGGAUAUUUAAGAUUACAAGGUACUGGAAUUCUUUGAGUAACCUGGUAGCAUCCCUUUUGAACUCAGUCCGAUCCAUUGCUUCAUUAUUGCUGCUUCUGUUCCUUUUCAUCAUCAUUUUUUCUCUGUUGGGUAUGCAACUAUUUGGAGGAAAGUUCAACUUUGAUGAGAUGGAAACCAAAAGGAGUACAUUUGAUAACUUUCCUCAGUCCCUUCUCACGGUCUUCCAGAUCCUGACAGGUGAGGACUGGAAUUCAGUCAUGUAUGAUGGGAUAAGAGCAUACGGAGGGCCAUCUUUCCCAGGAAUGUUGGUCUGCAUUUACUUCAUCAUCCUCUUCAUUUGUGGGAACUAUAUUCUAUUAAAUGUGUUCUUGGCCAUUGCUGUGGACAAUUUGGCUGAUGCCGAGAGUUUGACUUCUGCCCAAAAGGAAGAAGAGGAAGAAAAGGAACGCAGAAAGCUUGCCAGGACUUCAAGUCCGGAGAAAACUACAGAGAAUGAAAAGCCACCAAUAGAGGAAGAGAAGAAGGAAGAAAAAAUUGAACUAAAAACGAUCACGGUAGAUGGAGACAUGCCACCAUCUACAAAGAUUGGAUUGGAUGAAUACCAGGUUGAAGAGAAUGAGGAGAAGAAUCCCUAUCCUACCAAUGAGUUCCCAGGUGAAGAAGAAGAGGAUGAGCCAGAAAUGCCUGUAGGACCACGUCCCCGUCCGCUUUCUGAUCUGCAGAUGAAAGAGAAAGCAGUUCCUAUGCCUGAUGCGAGUGCAUUCUUUGUGUUCAGUACAACAAACAGGUUUCGUGUGCUGUGUCACAGGAUCGUCAAUGACAACAUUUUUACAAAUCUUAUCUUAUUCUUCAUCCUCUUGAGUAGUAUUUCAUUGGCAGCAGAGGAUCCCGUCCAUCAGUAUACGCGCAGAAACCAAAUCCUUACCUAUGCAGAUUAUGUCUUCACUAGUAUCUUUACAGUAGAAAUCAUACUAAAGAUGACUGCUUAUGGGGCUUUCAUUCAUAAAGGCUCCUUCUGCAGAAAUUAUUUCAACAUACUGGACUUGGUGGUGGUUAGCGUCUCUCUCAUCUCCUUUGGAAUGCAGUCCAGCGCAAUUGCAGUAGUAAAGAUUCUCCGAGUUUUGCGAGUGUUGAGACCUUUGAGAGCCAUCAACAGAGCCAAGGGGUUGAAGCACGUUGUUCAGUGUGUGUUUGUGGCCCUGAGGACCAUUGGUAACAUUGUGAUAGUGACCACUUUACUGCAAUUCAUGUUUGCUUGUAUUGGAGUUCAGCUCUUCAAGGGGAAACUCUAUUCCUGCACAGAUGGAUCCAAGCAAAAGGAAUCUGAAUGCAAAGGUCAAUAUAUUCUGUACAAAGAUGGAAAUGUAAACCAACCAAUAAUAAGUCACCGUAAAUGGGAGAACAGUGAAUUCAACUUUGAUGAUGUCCCCUCUGCUAUGAUGGCUCUUUUCACUGUUUCUACCUUUGAAGGCUGGCCACAGUUGCUGUAUCGAGCCAUUGACUCUCACACAGAGGACACUGGUCCAAUUUACAACUACCGUGUGGAGAUAUCUAUUUUCUUCAUCAUCUACAUCAUUGUUAUUGCCUUCUUCAUGAUGAAUAUCUUCGUAGGUUUCGUCAUUGUCACAUUCCAGGAACAGGGAGAACAAGAGUACAAAAACUGUGAGCUGGACAAAAAUCAGCGCCAAUGUGUGGAGUACGCCCUAAAGGCUCGGCCUCUGCGACGGUACAUCCCAAAGAACCCUUACCAGUACAAAGUCUGGUAUGUGGUGAACUCAACCUACUUUGAGUACCUGAUGUUUGUUCUGAUCUUGCUGAACACCAUCUGCUUGGCUAUGCAGCAUCAAGGUCAGGCCCAACGCUUCAGUCAUGCAAUGGAUGUCCUCAAUAUGCUCUUCACUGGACUUUUCACGGUUGAAAUGAUCCUGAAAUUAAUCGCGUUCAAGCCCAGAGGUUACUUUAGUGAUCCCUGGAAUGUUUUUGACUUCCUCAUCGUAAUUGGCAGCAUUAUAGACGUCAUUCUGAGUGAGAUCAAUCCUUCACCUGCAAAAAGUGAGAGCUCCAGCAGCAGGCACUCCACAAUCAAUACUAAAUCCAGCUAUCCACCACAGAAAAGCUUGAUGAAUUCAGACGAAAACUCUCGCAUUUCCAUCACCUUCUUCCGUCUUUUUCGGGUGAUGCGUUUGGUCAAAUUGCUGAGUCGAGGUGAGGGAAUACGAACUCUGCUGUGGACAUUUAUCAAAUCAUUUCAGGCACUUCCAUAUGUCGCUCUUCUGAUUGUUAUGCUGUUUUUCAUCUAUGCUGUGAUUGGAAUGCAAGUGUUUGGUAAAAUUGCCAUGAUUGAUAAUAGUCACAUCAACAGGAACAACAACUUCCAAACCUUUCCACAGGCUGUUCUGCUGCUCUUCAGAUGUGCUACAGGUGAAGCCUGGCAAGAAAUUAUGCUAUCCUGCCUCCCAGGAAAACAGUGUGAGAAAGAAUCAGCAAGUCAGGAGGCGGAAUUCAUCUGUGGGACUCACUUUGCUUUCUUCUACUUUGUUAGCUUCUACAUGCUGUGUGCCUUUUUGAUCAUUAACCUCUUUGUGGCUGUAAUCAUGGAUAAUUUUGACUAUUUAACACGUGAUUGGUCCAUUCUGGGUCCUCAUCAUCUUGAUGAAUUUAAGAGAAUCUGGGCCGAGUAUGAUCCUGAGGCAAAGGGACGUAUCAAGCACUUAGACGUGGUUACACUGCUAAGAAGAAUACAGCCUCCUUUAGGAUUUGGCAAGCUGUGCCCACAUCGUGUUGCCUGCAAACGCUUGGUAUCUAUGAACAUGCCUUUAAACAGCGAUGGCACAGUCAUGUUUAAUGCAACUCUCUUUGCUUUGGUUCGGACUGCACUGAGAAUUAAAACUGAAGGAAACUUGGAGCAAGCGAAUGAGGAGCUGCGAGCAAUUGUCAAGAAAAUCUGGAAACGCACAAGUAUGAAGCUGCUGGAUCAGGUUGUACCACCAGCAGGAGAUGAUGAAGUUACUGUGGGCAAGUUCUAUGCCACGUUCCUAAUCCAGGAUUACUUCAGAAAGUUCAAGAAGCGCAAAGAACAGGGCAUAGUUGGAAAAGCAGUGCAGAAAAAUUCACUUUCUUUGCAGGCUGGUCUGCGUACUUUACAUGAUAUUGGCCCUGAGAUUCGGCGUGCCAUAUCUGGAGACCUCACAGCAGAGGAAGAACUGGAAAAGGCAAUGAAGGAAGCUGCUUCAGUGGCAUCUGAAGAUGAUAUCUUCAGGAGGGCUGGUGGUCUGUUUGGUAAUCAUGUCAGCUAUUAUCCAGGUGAUGGGAGGCUCUCUUUCCCACAGACAUUCACCACCCAGCGCCCUUUGCACCUCAAUAAAUCGGGAAGCUCCCAAGCAGAAAUUGACUCACCUUCUCAUGAGAAGCUGGUUGAUUCUACGUUUACUCCAAGCAGCUAUUCCUCUUCUGGAUCAAACGCCAACAUCAACAAUGCUAAUAACACUGCCUUGUCCAGAUUAUCGAGCCCAGUCAACUUCCAAAGCACUGUGAACACAGUGGAUGGUCCCGGGAGUUCACUGACUUGCGCACUUUUAUUACAAGGAACAGCGUGGAAACUUGAUCCCGAAAGCUCAGACUCCGGAGAAAGUCACUUGCCAAUUAUCCAACGGGUGGAAGCAUCUCCGGAUGAAACUUACGAUGAAAAUUUUAAUGAAGGUCCUGAUUGCUGCAGUGAAGAAAGCAUGCUUUCUUCACAACUGAUUUGUUAUCAGGAUGAGGAGGAUAACAAACAGCUUACUCCAUCAGUAGACUUUUGUGAAGAAAGUGAAAAAAAAUGGCAGUCUUCUCCGAAAGGGCUUCUUUCAGUAACAUCGUUAGGAAGAAGAUCAUCAUUUCACCUGGAGUGCCUGAAGAGACAGAAGAAUCACGGGUUAGCAAUCUCUCGGACAGCGUCACUCUCUCAGAGGACAGCACUACCACUGCACUUAAUCCAGCACCAGGCGUUAGCUGUUGCUGGUCUGAGCCCGCUGCUCAGGAGAAGCCAUUCUCCAACACAAUUUUCCAGAUUGACCACCACACCUCCUUCUACUCCAUGCAGUAGAGGGAGGUUGCAGCAACACAUCCCAACCCUAUUCCUGGAUGGCAUUCAAUCCUACGAGAAACUAAACAGCAGCCUUCCGUCAGUAAAUUCUAAUUCCUGGUACUCUGACAACUCAAAUGGAAAUAUCAAAAAGGUCAGGCCAGUUUCUCUGACCGUACCCUAUCCUUUCAGGGAAAAGGGCAAUGAGUGUCAUAGCAGUGCUGGUAGUCUGGUAGAGGCGGUUCUGAUCUCAGAGGGGCUUGGUCGAUAUGCACAAGACCCAAAAUUUGUUGAGGCAGCAGCACAUGAAAUUGCUGAUGCCUGCGACAUGACGUUCGAAGAGAUGGAGAACGCAGCAGACAACUUGUUGAGUGGCAAUAAGAAAGCUAGCCCAAAUGGCAAUCUGUUACCAUAUGUGAACUGUAGAGACAACCAGCCACAGGACCCUGUGCCAGAUAGCGCAGAAGAGGAGCAGGACUGUGAGAAAAGCGAGGAGGAAUUUGCAGAUGAGAUGAUUUAUGUAAGCACCCUGUAGUCGCAGGAGAUAGCUUUUAUUAUUUGCUCAAAUCAGUUUGUUUCAGAAGUGCCUCACUGUUCUUGUGACCCGAAGUAACCAGAGCAGCUGUUUUCUUCAUUUGCUGUUGUGAAUUGAGAGUUGAGCAGUUGUUGCUCUGAGUGCUUUUUUUAAAAUUAACAAUUGUUCUAAAAAUCAUCAAUCACUUCAGAUAGUAAGGUGGCACGACCUUUGAACCUGCAGCAGAAACACUUAUCAACAUCUCAAAUAUGGUAAAACUGUUCACGAGAGAGCAUAGGACGGACCUUCGAGAUGCUGUGUGUCCAUCAGUUUGUCGGCACAUCUGAACAUUUAGCCUAACGGCACUUAAAACCACUCUGGUUUUUGAAAGAAAUGGAACACAGAUGUGGACACACCCGCACCAACACACAUAUACACAGAAAGUAUUUCUUCUCUUCGGAUACGCCUCUCCUACUUCAGAAUAUCUCAGAAAGUAAAAUUCCCAGAAUCUUACACUCUGAUAAGAAAGCGAAGCAAAGAGACGAUACUCCGUGAGAAAGGAUGGAGAGAGAACGUCAAAGUAUUUCGUAGGUGGCAUUACCUGCCCCUCCUGUAGCUUUUCGGCAAUGGAAACGUGUUGUUUGGAUGCCUUUCUAAGACUGCUUGCAGAUGCCUGACAGCAAUAUUGUGGGCUGUCUGGCGUACUGACCAUCCUACCUAGUUCCGUCGGGAUAUCAUCCUGUUGUAAAGCAUGGUCAUUUUUACGAGGAGGUGGCUUGUUUGUGUUAUAGCAAUUUUUGACCGGCCACUUUUCUACCUUUUUUCAACAUUGUUGUUUGAUUGUUUCUUUUGGUUGCAAUUGGAAGUACNUUUUUUUUCCUGGUACAGCGUUAUUUUAUAUUUCAAAGAAAAGUUCAUAAUCCAAUGGAAUCACUCAGUGUUCUUGAAAUCUGCAUCCAUUAUGGAAGCUGGGAUGUUUUGGAAGAUUGAAGUUCUAAUUUUAUUUUUAAAAUGGUAAUUUAACUAAUUUCAAUAUUGCAGUUCAGUGUACAACGCAUAACCAUUUCUGUGCAAUCUAUUCAGAUCUUUAUUUGGUUUAUAGUCAAUGCAUAUCAUUUUAAAACUAUUUUGUAUUUAAAAGAAAAGCGAGUGGAUUUGCAGCAGAUUUGGGUUUAAAAACCAGAAUUCCUUUUACAGAAUACAUACAAUCAGUCAACAGGUUUAGCACUGAAACCCAUCGUCUGGUGU